AUGUGGAGGCCUCCGUCGUCCCACUUAUCGUUGGCAUCAACCCAAUCUCAAGCAUCCCCACUCCUGUCUGCCCUGUUGCUUCCGACAGCCGAUGGUGCAACGACUACAUCAGUGGAUAGAUCCACUCUUGUUCCGCAUGCAGUCAAUCCAACAUUGCCGGGAUUAACGAUGGACGCAGCUAUUCCAGGACUAUUGGAUCAAUCGGGCUUGCCAGAGAUUCCGCAAAUGUCUGCCUUCCCUACGACCACUAGUCUCGAUGUGUUGACUCAUGAGCCAAAUGUGGACUGUCUCGGAAAAACUGAGCCCCAACAGUCGGUAGAUACGAAACAACAACCCGGACCAAGCUAA